UUUUUUUUUGCGUCUACGUUGUCUGCCAAAGCCGAGUUCCAACGCAGUUUCACUCAUCUCAUGCAAGCUCUCCGUCCUUGCAGCUCUCCGGGUUGACUCACAUCUGGGAAGAACACGAAGACGGCCCUCACAAAUCGGCAAAAUCGUCAAAACUCUGCUCCGUUGAUAAUUGCCCAAGAAAACCCAAGAGGAAAGCGGAUCACAUGCACAACCACGUGUUACCACCCAAUGCCAGCAACGUCGACAAUACCCCGGGUCUUUUCUUUGAUGGGGACUUUCUCAUCUCCAGAAUUGUGCAUGUAAUAACUAAUUACUUCGUACUCCUUAUUGCCCGCGUCUCGAGACUCCAAGUAAAAACACGAGACAAAACUAUGGAGCAAUCAUCGAGGGACGCGCUUACGACAGCAAAUCAACAGGCACAAGGCUUUAGGUCCGGCAGAUUCCUGUGGCCCACCCCGGUCUCCCUAGGUGGUCCGGUGGUCCUGUGGUCCUGUGGUCCUGUGGUCCUGUGGUCCUGUUGUCCUGUGGUCCUGUUGUCCUGUUGUCCUGUUCUUGCUCGUCUUCACCGCCAUGCAACCGCGUCGUCUCCACCACCGAGCAUCAUCAGGCGUUGCUGCAUCUCGGGCCGUGUCUGGAAAUUGUGCAUGACCGCCAUGGAGCAUGAACACAUAUGUACAGGUAACUCCGAAGGACUCUGGAAUUCUCGCCCGACGGAAACUUCGGAAUGCCCAAGGGGGAGGGGGAAGCGAGUGCUAGAUUCUAGUCCUUGGGCUCGUGGCUCGUUGCGACCUGAACGAGGGCGUGUAUUCAUUCCUCGACAGGGCGGGCGAUGUCGAGUUCGAGUCUGUCGGUCGAAUAAGGAACUGACUCGAAAUGGAAGUCUCACCAAGUUAAGCCAUAAACUGUACGCAUAAGGUAGGCGUCCUGCCUGUUAGGCACUUGAUAGGUGGAUGGAUAGAGGGA